AUGCUCCCUGGGAGCCCGCAGCCUCAGCUUAGCGGGAGCGACUGGAACUCCCGGGGCCCCGCCGGCGACUGCGGGGGGGGGGGGGGGGCGGGAGCAGCGAGGUCCACAGCGGGAGACCUCCAGAGGCUCGGAGCGAGGGAGACGGAACUCUCCCAGCUCCUCUUCCUCUUAAAGGACGGAAACCUUGUCCAAGCAGCAGCAGCAGCAGCAGCAGCGGAACCGACGAAGGUAUUUGAGAGCUCAGGAGCGAGCCCCCCAGGAGGGGUCCCGAGCGGCAGGGCGGGUGUGGGCCGGGGCGCAACAGGCGACCCGUCCCGCAAGGACUCGGAGACUCCGACCUUGGGCAGAGAACCCUCGGGCGCCCGCGGCUCGCCUUCGGAGUCACGCGGCUCAGCUCUAGAAUUCCCCUCCAGAACAGACGCCGAGCGCAGCUCCUGCACCCAAGGCCGUGCACCCGCGCCCCAGAGGCACCUGCGCUUGCAGGGGGGCGCUGCAGCCACGAUGAAUGCAGUCACCAUGAAUAAGGAGGCUGGCGGAAAGGAGCUCGCGGGACCCUCCAGUCUGAUCCCGUACCUUCUACAGGCGGCCAACAGCAGCGGCAACGCGUCGCUGCGGCUCCAGGACCAGGGCUGGGAGCUGGGGCUGGAGCUGCCCGACGGCGCGGCGCCCGGGCCUCCGCGGGGCCCCGGCGGGGCCGGCAGCGCGGACACCGAGGCCCGAGUGCGGAUGCUCAUCAGCGCCGUGUACUGGGUGGUCUGCGCCCUGGGGCUGACGGGCAACCUGCUGGUGCUCUACCUAAUGAAGAGGCAGCAGGGGUGGCGCAAGUCCUCCAUCAACCUCUUUGUCACCAACCUGGCGCUGACGGACUUCCAGUUCGUGCUCACUCUGCCCUUCUGGGCCGUAGAAAACGCUCUCGACUUCAGAUGGCCCUUCGGCAAGGCCAUGUGUAAGAUCGUGUCGGUGGUGACGUCCAUGAACAUGUACGCCAGCGUCUUCUUCCUCACCUCCAUGAGCGUGGCGCGCUACCACUCGGUGGCCUCGGCUCUCAAGAGCCGCGGGCCCCGAGGGCACGGCCGGGGCGCCUGCUGCUGCGGCCCGAGCCUGGGGCACGGCUGCGGCUUCUCGGCCAAAGCGCUGUGCGCGCUGCUCUGGGCGUGCGCCGCGCUGGCCUCGCUGCCCAACGCCGCCUUCUCCACCACCGUCAGGGUGAUGGGCGACGAGCUGUGCCUGGUGCGCUUCCCCGACAGGCUGCUGGGCGGGGACAGACAGGUGUGGCUGGGCCUCUACCACCUGCAGAAGGUGCUGCUGGGCUUCGUGCUUCCGCUGUUCACCAUCAGCCUGUGCUACCUGCUGCUGCUGCGCCUCGUCUCCGCCCGCCGCGUGGCUGGGGCCGAAGGAGGGGCCCCGGCGGCGGGGGGCGGCCUGGCCGCAGCCAGCGCCCGCAGACGGUCCAAGGUCACUAGGUCAGUGACCCUCGUGGUCCUCUCCUUCUUCCUGUGUUGGCUGCCCAACCAGGCGCUCACCACCUGGAGCCUCCUCAUCAAGUUCAACGCGGUGCCCUUCAGCCAAGAGUUCUUCCUGUGCCAGGUGUACGCGUUCCCGGUGAGCGUGUGCCUGGCGCACUCCAACAGCUGCCUCAACCCCGUCCUCUACUGCCUGGCGCGCCGCGAGUUCCGCCAAGCGCUCAAGAGUCUGCUCUGGCGCCUCGCGUCGCCGUCGCUCCCCAGCAUGCGCCGGUUCACGGCCACCACCAAGCCCGAGCCGGAGGAUCAGGGGCUGCAGGCCCUGGCGCCUCUCCACCCCGCGGAGCCCGACCUGGUCUACUACCCGCCUGGCGUGGUGGUCUACAGCGGGGGGCGCUAUGACCUGCUGCCCAGCAGCUGCGCCUACUGA